UCCAGUUGAGCAUUCCUGGCAUUCCCGGCUCGGUCCCUCCUCCCUGCUGGUUUAUUAUCGGCCCGCCUGCUUCCCCAGCAAAAGCAGCAUUUCGUACAGCAGCAGCAAAAGGCGGGGACGCACGUUUUGGUUCCUCAAAGUCAGCCAAAAGAAAAAGAAGACGCAUACGGCUUAUGACAAAAACUUGGAUUUCCACACACCAGAGAAACGCCUUUUUUUGUUAGAAUGAGGGCCUAAGCUGGUUUGACAGCCAGUUCAGUGAAUCCAGUAGAACAGAAUCCUCAGCGAGAAUCAGCAUGACGUCCACAGAGGAGCCGUCUGGUACGGUCUUGCACCGGCUAAUCCAGGAGCAGCUUCGCUACGGAAACCCCACCGACACCCGCACCUUACUCGCCAUCCAGCAGCAGGCCCUGCGUGGGGGCAGCGGGAGCAACAGCGGGCCCAGCAGUGGGGGCGACAUUGGCCGGAGCCCCCGGUCCUCUCUGGAGAGUCUCACCCUGGAGGAGCCCCCGUUCCCCCAGCUGUCGGCCAGACAAGAGCCCCAGGGCCAGGAGCACCAGGGCGACUUCCACCACUCUGAAAGCGGCUUUCAACUCUAUCAGGUCCACGGCGAGGAGCUACCCACCUAUGAGCAAGCCAAGGCGCAUUCUCAGUACCUGGCCACCCACUGGGCGCCGGCGAGCCCCGGGAGGCAGUCCCACGAGGGGGCCUUUCUCGAGGAGGUGGACGAGAUGGAGCGCAAGUGUGCCCACGCUCGGUCCCUCAGCGAGCACCGGAUGCAAAUCUCUCUGGAGAGGAACGAUGCAGUUUCCAAGGCGGAGGCGGUCAAGAGUGCCUCUCACAGCUACCCCGAGCUGGCUUACUACACACAGUGGGGACCUCAGAGUGCAGAGAAACGCAACCCUCCACCCGAGUACUCGGCUCCCGUCCAUGGACAAGGAUUUAUCCCACACCAGGCCCAGGAGCCUGUACAGGCCCCACAGCACAGGUAUAUCCAGUCCGGGCUGCCAGUCGACGUCUCUUGCUAUGAUGCGUUCAGCGGCUUGCCCCCUGCUGGCUUGGAGGAGCCCAAUCAAGUGGCGCUGCUGCUGAUGGAGAACGAGAGGCUGAGGCAAGAGCUUGAGACUCACCGGGAGAAAACUGGUCGUAUUCAGAAGUUGGAGCAGGAAAUCCAGCGCAUUUCCGAGGCCUACGAGAAACUGAUGCAGGGCAGCAGUAAGCGAGAGACUCUGGAGCAGACGCUGAGAAGAAGGCUGACGGACGAAAUCCGCCGGCUGCAGGAUUUCAACCGAGACCUGAAGGAGAACUUGGAAAACGCCCGGACGCACGUCGCCAAAGAAGUGCAAGUUGCCGAUCACAACCAGCACAUCAUGGCCAAACUCCUUGAGCAAAACGAGGAGCAGAACGUGGAACGGGAGCGCAUGGAGCGGGAAGCCGAGCGUCUACGGGCGGCGGCCGAGGAGCAGAGCGCCCGCAGCAAGAGGCUAGAGGAGGCCCUGGAGGCGGCUCGGGGACGAGGCCGUCAGCUGGAGGAGGAGUUGCGCAGGAAGAGGGCCUACGUGGAGAAGGUGGAGAGACUCCAGAGCGCCCUGGCUCAGCUGCAAUCCACCUGCGAAAAGAGGGAGAGCCUGGAGAUGAAGCUUAGGACCCGCCUGGAGCAGGAGCUCCGGAGUUUGAGAGCUCAACAGCGCCAGUCGCAACCACCUGGAGUGACCAUGGGUUCCCUCCAAGAGCGCCUUCGAGAGCGCGAGGAACACAUCCUGGCGCUGGAAGCCGACAUGGUGCGCUGGGAGCAGAAGUACUUGGAGGAAAGCACCAUGAGGCAGUUCGCCAUGGAGGUGGCUGCCACCGCCGCCGCACAGAGAGAUACCACCAUCAUCAAUCACUCGCCUUGUCACUCCUCCAACAACAGUUUCAAUGAGGACCUCCCAGUGGCGGACUUCCGGAAUCAGGAAAUGGAGAACAGGAUCCGCGCUCUCUACGCUCAAAUCCUGGAAAAGGACGCCGUGAUCAAGAUCCUCACGCAGCGGCUGCACCAGGACCAGGGCCGGAAGGACGAGCAGAGUCCCCGCACCAACCUCCUUAGUGCGGCCGGGGCACCCCUGAGACUGGCCUCCUCUACGCCCUCCAUAUUCACAGCCAAGAGCGCCGCAAAGAGUCGAGGUAAGAGUCUGUCCGACGACCAGACGUUGCCAAGCCACGCAUUUUCCGCUCAAUCGGAACCCAACACGCUGGAAAGGCAGACGGAGGGAACCAAAGGCAACGUGGCUGCCGGCAUAAGCAAGCUCAACGCCGAUAAGACAACGCCAAAGAAGUUGCUACUAAACCCUUUCAGAGGACUGGAAGAAUUGGAUGCGGAAGCAGUGGAGAUCUUUAUUUAAAAGGCGUGAACUGUGUGAGAAAGAAUUCCCGAUAUGUGUGAAGUCUGUCAAAGGAAGAAGAUAUUGGAUGUAAGAGGCCGAAAUAUCGCGGGAAAUCAAUGGGCAGGGGAAAAGAACUUGUUUCCCCAUUUUUUUUGGGAGGAAGAGCUGUGCUCUGACUCACAGCUGCAGGCAGUCGGCCCAGGACUCUUUCCAGGUUCUUGGACGGUAUUUUUGAUUGUGUUUGGCACGUGUAAUGCCAACAUAUUUAUAUUCUGUGUAAAAUGGAUACAAUUGCUGCUUUCUUCCCCUUGUUUCUUGUUUUUCUUUUCCAAUUUCAUUUUUUUCCCCAAUCCAGUGAAUGACUAAGCUGCGUAUUUAACUUCCCACAUAUGAACUGAAGCCUCUUCUAUGUGUCUCUCUUUUGUUCUGAGAUACUGUAAAAUAUUCAGCAUUCCCCUCCGACAAAAUGUGGAUUUUUCUUUUUUAACCUGAGUAACCUCAAUUUCGUCCCAGUUGCUCACUAAUUUAUAACAGAAACACUGUUGAAUCGCUCGGGUUUUGCCUGUUUGACGCCGCGGCAGCCGGUUCUGCUCAGGCUGAGAAACACGUGAACAGAUGUGAUUUAUUGUAUCAAUGUUUCUUUCUAUUUUAUUUUUUAUUUUUUUGCCAAACUGACACAGACCUGAUGUUGUUUGUAAAUGUGUGUGAAGAGUGUUGAGUUGAUCCCUAGCUGGUUCGUGUACGUAUGCAUGUCAUCUCACUCGCGCGGCCAUUCCGCUGGUUCGGAUGCCGUUUGGGUGGGCGUGUAAGAACGACAACAUUUUUUGUGUUUACUGUGAGCUUUUGAACUAACAAACACAGGUUAAUAAUAAUAAGAAUUAUUAUUAUUAUUGUUAUUAAGUAUAUUUUUUAUUCAGAGAUUUGUAUUAUUAUUAUUAUUAUUAUUAUUAUUAUUGUAGAUAAAAUCGUGCUUUGAGAAGGACGCCAAAGAGUUUAUGUCUUUUUUUGGGGCGGGUUGUUUUUAAGUUAUGUGCCGACAAUCGCGGUCCAAGUCAAAAGUUGGACACAACCGACCAAGUGUUGACUUCCACCAGUCAUUUCUGACAAACUUCACAGCGUUAUGAAGGUUUUUACAGUUAAAUUUCACUAGACAUUUCAAAAUGCAAUAAAACAUGUGAAUUUACACAA